ACCAAUUUGAACCAGUUUCAUUCACUUAAUAACUUAAUUUAAAUCAAGUAAGGUAUUCAAGCUGCAGAUAAAAAGUAUUGCACUUCUGUUUCCCAUCUCCAGCAAAAGUGCCCCCCAUCGUUGAAUGAUACAGCGUGUUGAUACAAACCGGUUUUAACAUAGCUGCCAAAAAAAAAACGAAACAUGUUUUCGUGCAAAAUUCUCCUAACAAACAGGCGCCACAUUUUACAAACUACCAUUUGUAGAGCGGCUUCAAUUGCCAAGGGUAAUGCUGCAAUCGACAAAAGAGCCACCGCAGUGCAAAAGCCACCGAUGCAACAGGAGCAUCACUCAAGCGGCAAUGGCUCUUUUGAUAGUGUGUUAUCUGCGACAGCCGUCAUCUUUGGAGGAUCAUUGCUGACAUAUUUGAUAACGGAAAAGAUAAAAAACGAUUCGGCAAAAAUUUACGCAAAAGAAGUGUCGCUCGAUGAAAUCCGUAAAGCCCACGAUGCGGUACGCAAAGAUUUACCCGAAUACACGAUGGAUGAAAUCGUUAAGCACAAUUCACCAUCCUCCGGCAUAUGGGUUACGUACGGCGUCGGUGUGUACGAUAUCACCAAGUUCGUGCCCAAGCAUCCUGGCAGCGAUAAGGUGAUGCUUGCCGCUGGCGGAGCUAUCGAUCCAUUUUGGCACAUUUUCCAACAGCACAACACCGAGGAAGUGCUGUCGUUGUUGGAAUCCUUCCGGAUCGGUAAUUUGCGGCCGGAUGAUGUUGUUGGCACGAAGGACUUGCACGAUCCCUGGUCAACGGAACCCAAACGGCAUCCCAUUCUCAAGCCGGCAACGUUGAAGCCGUUCAAUGCUGAACCACCGGCGUCCAUUCUCGUCGACAGCUUUGUGACGCCAACUCAAUUUUUCUACGUACGCAACCAUCUGCCCGUACCGGAUGUAGACGUGAAAAGCUACGAGCUGGAGUUGGAGAACGAAAAGACAGGCAAAGGGAAAACGAUCCAUUUCAAAGACAUCCUCAACUAUCCCAAGCACUCCGUUACGGCGACAAUCAUGUGCGGUGGCAACCGUAGAAGUGAAAUGAUGGACGUCAAACCGAUCAAAGGUCUGCCCUGGGGAGCGGCAGCCGUCGGCAAUGCAGAAUGGAGCGGUGCAAAACUAUGCGACGUGCUGCGGGACAUGGGCGUUCGCGAAGGGGACGACGAAGGACACGUGCAGUUCGAGGGUCUAGACACGGAUCCAACCAGCACACCGUACGGUGCCUCUAUUCCGCUGGCAAAGGCGAUGGAUCCGCGGGGUGACGUGAUCCUGGCGUACGAAAUGAAUGGUCAACCGUUAAACCGCGACCAUGGUUACCCAAUCCGUGUGAUUGUACCAGGCGUGGUGGGCUCGCGGAACGUAAAAUGGCUCGGAAAAAUCGUCGUCUCGCGGAACGAAAGCACCUCGCACUGGCAGCAGAACGAUUACAAAUCGUUCAGUCCAAGCACCGACUGGGAUACGGUUGAUUUCAAAACCGCACCAGCCAUUCAAAACAUGCCGGUCACGUCAGCUAUUUGUACGCCCGCGACGGGUGAAAAAUUGGCCGGAAAGGAUGGAUUCGUUACGGUCAAGGGAUACGCUUGGUCCGGAGGUGGAUCCGCUAUCGUGAGGGUCGACGUUAGCGCUGAUGGUGGGAAAACGUGGACCGUAGCUAAGCUCGAUGAGACGGAAAAAGGUACCGGUCCAGGACGCCACUGGUCGUGGUCCUUAUGGUCCGCAGACGUCCCUGUUAAACCUGGACAGAAGGGUGCAGUAGAGAUCCUGUCCAAAGCCGUCGAUAGCAACUACAACACGCAACCGGAAUCAUUUACCAACAUAUGGAACCUUCGCGGCGUCGUCGGUAAUGCAUACAGUCGCGUGAAAGUUACUAUCAAUUAGCGGACAAUGGAAUUAUCUCAUUUAUCUUUUUGGUGCGCGAAACAUUACGAUGAGGAUUUGUGAAUGUGAGAAAAUUAUAUGCAAAAUUGGUAGAACUCUAAGGAUAUAAGCUCCUCUUUUUUUUUGGGAGCUUUAACACGCACUACAGCUAAGCUGUUCAGUUAUAUACAUGAACGACUAAGUCGUUAAUGGGAAUUGCAAUAAAGUGUAACGAAUACGAAAAUUUUGAUACUUGUUUUAGAGAUUAUGGCUUGGUGCAA